CCCGCGCGCCUCGGGGCUCUGAGGGGGAGAGAGCGCGACACCCCCAGCCCCGCGUGCCUUCCUCGCCGCCCCCGCCCGACGGCCUCCGUCGCUUGGCAACCGAGGUAGAACUUGAAGAACCUUUAUGGGAUCCAAAUGCCUGAUGGAUGGAUGAUGUGCCUAAGAUAAUUAAGGCCAACAUGGGUUCAUGCUUCCUUGUCAUCCUGCUCAGCAGCUGCCUGACAUUCCUGGGAGCAGCAGCCAACAUGACCACAGUGCUCCCUUCGACGGGUUCUUCCUUGCUCACAAGUUCCAUGAAAACUGCCAAGACGCAACCAGCCAGCGGGAAGCCCACAAGCCCCACCAGUAGCCAUGCUCCUUCUCAAGCAGCGUCUCCUGCCAUGGCACCAAACCGUACUACUCCUCCUCCUACAGCCACAGACUUCCUGCCUGCCACAAUGGUCAGCUCUCCAGGCACAGAGGCUACAGUUUUGCCGGCAACUGGGGCCACUUCUGGGCCCACCUCCCUCCUGACAAAUGCCACACCUUCAGUUCCACACACGACUGCUGCAAAUUCAAAUCUGGUGACUGUAGAGGCCAACACCACAACAGCAGUGACUACGCCAAAAGCCUUUGACACCUCAACUGAGAUAACAAAAGACUCAGGUGAUAGCGAUACCGGACGAGAUGAGACACCCAUCAUAGCCGUAAUGGUGGCAUUAUCUUCCUUGCUAGUGAUAGUAUUUAUUAUUAUUGUCUUGUAUAUGUUAAGGUUCAAAAAAUACAAGCAAGCCGGGAGCCAUUCCAACUCCUUUCAUUUGUCUAAUGGACGGACAGAUGACAUGGAGCCCCAGAGCAUGCCAUUGCUUGCCAGGUCUCCCAGCACCAACAGAAAGUACCCACCACUGCCUGUGGAUAAACUGGAGGAGGAGAUUAACCGGCGAAUGGCAGAUGACAACAAACUUUUCCGCGAAGAGUUCAAUGCUCUCCCGGCAUGCCCUAUCCAGGCCACCUGUGAAGCUGCCUCCAAGGAAGAAAACAAGGAGAAGAACAGAUACGUAAACAUCUUGCCUUAUGAUCAUUCCAGGGUUCAUCUGACACCUCUCGAAGGGGUUCCAGACUCUGAUUACAUCAAUGCCUCAUUUAUUAAUGGGUACCAAGAGAAGAACAAGUUCAUUGCGGCCCAAGGACCAAAAGAAGAAACUGUGAACGACUUCUGGAGGAUGAUUUGGGAGCAAAACACAGCAACAAUUGUCAUGGUGACCAACCUGAAAGAGAGGAAAGAGUGCAAAUGUGCUCAGUACUGGCCAGAUCAGGGCUGCUGGACGUACGGAAAUAUCCGAGUGUCCGUGGAAGAUGUGACGGUCUUAGUUGACUACACGGUGCGGAAAUUCUGCAUUCAGCAGGUAGGCGAUGUCACCAAUAAGAAGCCUCAGCGCCUGGUGACGCAAUUCCACUUCACCAGCUGGCCUGACUUCGGGGUCCCUUUCACUCCCAUUGGGAUGCUGAAGUUCCUGAAGAAGGUGAAGACAUGUAACCCCCAGUAUGCAGGGGCCAUUGUCGUACACUGCAGCGCUGGUGUGGGACGAACGGGGACUUUCAUUGUCAUUGAUGCCAUGCUGGACAUGAUGCUCACUGAGAGAAAGGUGGACGUUUACGGGUUCGUCAGCCGCAUCCGGGCGCAGCGAUGCCAGAUGGUACAGACCGAUAUGCAGUAUGUGUUCAUCUACCAAGCUCUUCUGGAGCAUUAUCUGUAUGGGGAUACAGAACUGGAGGUGACCUCGCUGGAGAUCCACCUCCAGAAGAUCUACAACAAGAUCCCAGGGACCAGCAGCAACGGAUUGGAGGAAGAGUUUAAGAAACUAACCUCGAUCAAAAUUCAGAACGACAAGAUGAGAACGGGCAAUUUGCCGGCCAACAUGAAGAAGAACCGGGUGCUGCAGAUAAUUCCAUAUGAGUUCAACCGGGUGAUCAUUCCAGUGAAGAGGGGCGAAGAGAACACGGAUUACGUGAAUGCCUCUUUUAUUGAUGGCUAUCGCCAAAAGGAUUCCUACAUAGCCAGCCAAGGCCCUCUCCAGCACACGACAGAGGACUUCUGGAGGAUGAUCUGGGAGUGGAAGUCCUGCUCCAUUGUUAUGUUGACUGAGCUGGAAGAAAGGGGUCAGGAGAAAUGUGCCCAGUAUUGGCCUUCUGACGGUUCUGUGUCCUAUGGGGAUAUAACCGUGGAGUUGAAGAAAGAGGAGGAGUGUGAGAGUUACACAGUCCGGGACCUGCUAGUAUCAAAUACCAGGGAAAACAAAACCCGGCAGAUCAGACAGUUCCACUUCCACGGCUGGCCGGAGGUGGGCAUCCCCACUGAUGGAAAAGGAAUGAUCAACAUCAUUGCAGCUGUGCAAAAGCAGCAGCAACAGUCUGGAAACCACCCCAUUACUGUGCACUGCAGUGCUGGAGCCGGCCGAACAGGGACCUUCUGUGCGUUGGGCACUGUUUUGGAGAGAGUCAAGGCUGAAGGAAUUCUAGAUGUCUUUCAGACAGUGAAGAGUUUGAGGUUACAGAGGCCGCACAUGGUCCAAACACUGGAACAGUACGAAUUCUGCUACAAAGUGGUUCAGGAAUAUAUUGACGCCUUUUCAGACUACGCCAACUUCAAGUGAAGAUGAAAAUCACCCAACAGAAGAGUUGCCUUCUUUAAUACUUUGUAAUAUUCUGUUUGUUAAUACCCCCUGCCCCCCCAAAAAUGUGUAUAUAUCUUAACUGUUUUAGAGGGUUGGUACCAUAAGAUUCCUAUUAGCUGGAGAUUUUAUAUGUAGCAAAAGUGUUAGAAAGAGAUUGUAGGCACUUUUUUUCCAAUGUUUUAUUGGGGAAUUAAAUAGCGUGAUAUUUGGAUUAAUAUUGUCAAAUCUCUCUCCUGGAGAGUUGAUGCAGGCUGUUUUUGUUUUGUAAAUCUUUUUUUUUUCCUUGAGGGAGUAAAGCCUUUUAAAAAACCAAAAGAGAUUCUGCAUAUCGGCCUUUUAUUUUAAAAGGAAAACAAACAAACCAGUGGCUUAUAAAUAGUGUUCAAGAUCAGGGGUUUUUCUCUCCCUAACUUAGAAGACUGGGCCGCCCUGCAAGGUUCUGGGUUCGAGGGCUGCUGUUGAAGCAACAAACCCCUAUAGUUGGAGUAUCCCAAUGUCUGGAAUAGCCGUUGGGAAGGGAAAGUUGCUCUUCCGUUAAUGCAACGCCGUUAAAAAGCACUGUUAAGUUGUGCAGCAUCCGACCGUUCAUUUUGGUGGAGUUUGCGCAGCAGAGGGUCCUGUUGGGUUGGGCCCAGGUUUCUUCAGCUUUGGAGAAAUGGGGGAGGGAUAGGAAUAAAGGAGCCUCCUUGCAAAACCAUCGACUUUAUUUGAAGCAAAUGCAGCUCCCUUGUCCAUUUUUUGGUAAUAGCUUGACCAGUCCGGCCUCUUGUUUCCCCCAUCCCAAUUUUUUUGUGGAAGCAGGUCUCUAUCGAGGUAUGCUUGAGGUAUUGUCUCAUUUUGUUUUACAUUUGGUUUGCCAGGGACCAACCAACCCCCCUCUGUGGGAAAAGCGUGACCUCCAUCCCUUCGCCUUCAAGGGGAUGGAUAGGAUAAUCAUAAAGAGGGGCAAGAUAGCCGGGCAUUAGAAAUAGAAUUAAAGAGAUCCCUUGCAGUCUUCACAUGCCUGAACGCCCAUUUAUUGCUUAGGAGUCCCAUCUGGCCAUAGCAUGUGGAGUGCUUAGCCACUGUGAACAUAUUUUUUUUACAGAAAGCAGGAUAUAAAUUUCAACAAUAAAUAGAUAGGAGUGACUUUAGUGGCCUGGAUCUGAGAUCGUCUUAAGCAUUCCACAUUUUCCCUACCAACUUAGGCCGCCGUGAAUGACUAUACAUUAGGGUGAUGGCAGGCCGGGGCGUGUUUAACAUGCAUGGCCCAAUUAAUGGCUCGUUGCUGUCAAAAGGCCAGAAGUUGUGAGUGCCAUCAAUCUAAGCAGAGACGGCAAAGCAGUCCAGUGUUGCAGAGAGAGCUUUGGGAGGUGAGUCUGUUCACAACCCACACGCAGUCCUAUCCAGCUCAAAGCAAGGGAGAGGGUUUUAAAAGUUACUAUACAGAUAUUUUUUUUUACAAAUCACAAAUUUAUUACAACAUGUGAAUAACACAGCCCCUCGAGUCCAUAUAAAAACGUCUGGGGUUAUUUGGUGUAAUAUUCAUACAUGGCUUAAAUAGUAGAUGUAUCCUAUUGUCUAUCUGCAAAAGUAUAUAUAUAAAGUACCAAGCACACUUUCACUUUCUGCCACUAGAAUAGACUAGAUGGUGGCUGAGUUACCCACAUCUUAUAGUACAUUUGAGAUGCAAAUUCUCUGCAAAGAGGGAAGUGGUGGUGGGAGAACCGAACUGAUGUAAAAGUAUGAGCCAUCUGCCUGAACGCUGACCAGAAGUGUUUGUGCCUGGCUCUGUGAGGUGUAUGUAGCCCACUUUUGUUGUAAAAGACACGCAAUCGGCUCGCUCUGCACCUUCUCUGUGUGUGAUGCAGUUUUGACACAUCCCAUUAAACAUGCUGGCUUCUUCUGAUGCGACUGGGAUUUGCCGAAUCGCAUCAGAACUUGGUCUCUGGCUAUUUUGGAACGUGCUCAGCUUGCAAGAGGUGGUUUUGUUUUUAAGAUAAAAAAAUUGUUUGGAAGCUAAUGGAAGUUUCUCACUGGCGUUGCUUUACAAAGGUUUUUGUUUUGUGUUUUUUUGCUGCUUCUACCCUUCUCAAGGAAUGCGUCUUAAACGUCUCCUGUAAGUGGCCAAGCUGAUUGGCAGUCAGGUUUUGGCCUAAACCAGAUAUGAUCUCCAAAAGCUGUUGAGUUCCUUUUAUUCUUUUAAGGCACCAUGUAUGCUUUAGGACUCUUGGUCCCAUUGCUUAGCAGCUCUUACCUGUUAGCUGCCCAAAAGCCAUUUUGAGGGAGAGUCCAACGUCGCCAGCCUGAUGCCAAUCUCAUCCCUUUUCUGGCUUUUCCCCAGCUGGCACAAGUAGGAGAACCGACAAACAUCCAUAAUUGGUCUUGCUCUCCUUUAUUUUAUUUCUUGCAGGACUGGAGAGAGCUUCGUAGGCUCUUGCAAAUAUAUGUAAGUGAUCAGGGUCAGGGGCCCAAGGCAUUGCCACCUUAGGCCACCUUCUUAAGUUGGCGGUCAAGGCAGCUGUGCCCACCAUGUUUGGUGCCCAUGUAAAGGAGGGGUGCAGAAAUCUGUGGCUCUCCUGUUGCAAGGCUGCAGUUUCCACCCUGCUCCCUGAUUCUGGCUUGGAGAUUGGUCUGGUGGAAGUUGGAAGUCCCAACACCUCUAGUGGGCAACCAGUAUACAGGGAGCCACAGGUUCCCUACUCCUGUUAGCUUCCACAUGGCAUUCUUCUAACAGAACGUUUAUCACAGAGGUGGCAUGCUUUUCAAAGGAACGUGCGUAAGUGGCACACAAGGCUAAGUAGGUUGUUGGAAGAACAGCUACAUGCAUUAAGAGAUGGGGGGGGGACAUGUGAUUGGCAUUCAUGAGGCCCCUGAAACAACCCCUGGCAUUUCCUACUAAAAGGAUUGCCAGCUGUUUGAGACGUGGGACCUUGGAGCGCUGCUGCCAGCCAGAGUAAGCAAAGCUAGCCUUGAUACAGCGCCGGUCUGACUUAGUAUAUGGCAAUAUAUAUCGCCUGUUUAACCCCAAGCAGCAAGGGUGCGGCCGUGGGAUAGGUGUGUUAAAUAAAGAGGUCUUGGUCCGGUGCGCCCCUCGUAAUCCAGGUGUGAUGGUGCAGCUCGCAUUGCCAACUUGUGCCCUCAGGUCCUCUGGGGCAAAGUCUUGCCAGGGCACUUUCUGCCCAGAACAAACACCUGCCUAGGAUGCAACCGUACAGCUGCUCAGAGCGUGGUGUCUGUCUACUGCUUAAAACAGUAUCCGCUGCCGUUGUGGUUUUUUUUCCCCUGCGAGUGCACGCAGUUGGUGUCUUAGCUUUAGGGGCAAAGCCCUUAUGUGCCAAAAAUGACACGCUGCCCCCCCUGCAGAUCUGCCACAUGAAUAUAUCAGGGCUGCUAAGGCAGGCCAGAGCAAAAGUUGCCGUUUCCCUUCUGUUUGUUUUCAGUAGCUGUAACUCCAUGCUGCCUUCAUUCUGAAUGUCUUAAUAUCUUGUAUUUAUUUUUUGUUGACUAAGUAAAUGCUUUUUUUUGUAA